UUUCUUUUCUAUUCCCUUCUUUAUUCUUCUACUUAUAACUUCCCAAUCCUCAAAUUAUCAAAAAUUCUUUGCCUUUCCCAAUUUGCAAUCUUUCUUAUUUUAUAAGCCUACUAAAGGCAUUAAUUUUGAGGAGAAAAUGACGGAUACAAAAUCCGAUAAGGUGACAGAUGCUUUGCCAGCCCCUACUACAACUCCGGCAGCCGGAGAUGGAAAGAGCCAGACACCGGAAAUCAGCACCGGCGUGUCCAACAUCGUCAGGAGGUGGAAAAGAGAAGAUUUGGUGAAGAGGGGUUCUUUAGUUUUGCAUGGUUUUGGCUUGGUUUUUUCAUUGAUUGCUUUCAUUGUCAUGGCUAGCAAUACUCAUGGUGAUUGGAAAGAUUUUGAUAGAUAUGAAGAAUAUAGGUAUGUGUUGGCUGUUGCAAUUCUGUGCACAUUAUAUACAGGAUUGCAAUUUCUGAGACAAAUUCAUGAACUUUCAACUGGAAAGGAAUCAUUUUCACAGCAGAAAUUAGCUUUGCUAAGCUUCAUUAGUGAUCAGGUAGUAGCAUACUUGUUAUUAUCAGCUGCAUCAUCUGCUGUGCCAUUGACAAAUAGGAUGAGAGAAAAUAAUGACAAUAUAUUCACAGAUUCUUCAGUAGCAGCAAUUAGUAUGGAGUUCUUCGCAUUCUUUGCUUUGGCUGUGUCAGCUCUUAUUUCUGGAUAUAAGCUCUCAAAUAAAUCCUAUAUCUGAUGACAUCAUUAAGAUAUUCUGAGUCUGAUUAUUCUGCCUAUGUACAAGGGCGGCUGUAGAGUUCCGUCACUGGUUCAUCUGAACCUCGUUCUUUCGACACGAAGCAUAAAUUUAUGUGUAAAAAUGCACUAGAUUGCGACAAAUGGUAGGUCUGAAUCAAUGAUUCUAAAGAUACAACGGUUCAAUGCAAGACCCUUAAAGAUUGAACCGACACAAUUUUAAAUCAUGGAUCCGUCUCUGCCUGUUAUUCGUUUUUUGUUUUCAUCCUCCCCCUCCAUCAUGUACUUAUGUAUCAAUGCUACAGAGACAUUAUACCUGUAUGUUAAAAUUCAGAGUGUAAAAUUCAUCUGUACAUAUGUAUCAAAGCUACAGAGAGGUUAUUCCUUCUCCACAUCUCAUAAUA